CGGGCCUAUACUUUAAAGACCAAAAAUGUCCAUUACAAAUGAAAUAACCUCCCGCUCUUUUCAGUUUUCACUGUCCUCUACCUCUCUUCAGCGCUUCUCUUCCCAGUUCCCACUCUGAACCCCCAGCUAUACUUGCAGGCGAACAAAUAGCGAGUAGAAGAUUAGCCAUUGAGUGGAAACAGCUAAGAAAAUGAGGGAAGUAGAAAUCGACAGGCUAAGAGGGGUUGUGAGGGACUGCGUUAGCAAGCACUUGUACUCGUCGGCGAUCUUCUUCGCCGAUAAAGUGGCAGCUAUGACGUCGGACCCCGCCGAUAUCUAUAUGCAGGCGCAAGCACUGUACAUCGGCGGCCACUAUCGCCGUGCUUUCCACCUCCUCAACGCGUCCCAAAUUGUCCCCCGCGACCUGCGCUUCCGUUAUCUGGCUGCCAAGUGCCUGGGGGAACUGAAAGAGUGGGAUCAAUGCCAACAAAUUCUUGGUAAUGCAAAUGUGGAUGAAGAUGGAAAUGUUACAGAACUUGGUGAUUGUAGUAGCAUGUACCUGGACAAAGAUGGUGAAGAUCGUGAAAUCAAUAUUUUGUCUGCAAUAUGCUUCUUGAGGGGAAAGGCAUCUGAAGCAUUGGAGAACCGUGCACAAGCUCGGCUAUGGUAUAAAGCUGCCAUCAAAGCUGAUCCUCUGUGUUAUGAGGCAUUGGCAUGUCUUGUAGAGAAUCAUAUGUUGACUUAUGAUGAAGAGGCUAGCCUACUUUUGUCGUUGCAGUUUGGUGCUGAAGAUGGUUGGCUUUCUUCAUUUUACUCUUGCAUGGUAAAGAAGUAUGAUAACGAAAACAUGGUGGAAGCCAAAUUUAGGGAACUAGAACAGGAUGGUCCUGGUACGAAAGCUUCAGACAAAUCCUUAUCGUGCACCUUCAAGACAAAUACUGAUCUUUUGUCCUGCAAAGCUGAGUACUAUCAUCAAUGCGGUGAAUACCAGAAAUGUUUUGAACUAACAUCCACAUUACUCGAGAAGGAUCCAUUUCAUCUUAAGUCUACCCUAGUGCAUUUGGCAGCAGCAAUGGAACUGGGGCACUCAAAUGAGCUGUAUCUCAUGGCAUGUAACUUAGUCAAGGACUACCCUCAGCAGGCAUUAUCAUGGUUUGCCGUUGGUUGCUACUACUAUUGUAUAAAAAAGUAUGAUCAAGCACGUCGUUAUUUCAGCAAGGCCACGAGUUUGGAUGGAACAUUUGCUCCAGCUUGGAUAGGUUAUGGGAAUGCUUAUGCAGCUCGAGAAGAGGGAGACCAAGCAAUGUCAGCCUACCGUACUGCUGCUCGCUUAUUUCCAGGAUGCCAUUUACCAUCUUUGUACAUAGGAAUGGAGUAUAUGAGAACCCACAGCUUCAAACUUGCUGAACAGUUUUUUAUGCAGGCAAAGGUAAUAUGCCCAUUGGAUCCACUUGUAUACAAUGAACUUGGAGUUGUUGCUUACCAUAUGAACGAGUAUAUAAAAGCUGCCCAUUGGUUCAAGAAGACAUUGGCUCACAUCUCAUCUAGCCUGAGUGAGAUGUGGGAACCAACUGUAGUAAAUCUUGCUCACACUUUGCGAAAAUUGAAGAUGUACAGUGAGGCAAUUACAUACUAUGAAAAAGCCAUUGCUUUGUCUACAAAUAGUUUAAGUACUUAUGCAGGACUUGCGUACACGUACCACCUGCAGGGAGAGUUUACUGCAGCGAUUACUUAUUACCACAAAGCUUUAUGGCUCAACCCAGCUGAUAAAUUCUGCACAGAAAUGCUGACAUUGGCUCUAGCUGAUGAAUGUCGACAAGCCCCUGCUCUACCAAAACCAUAUAAUGUUGAGCUGUGAAAUUUAGAUGGCAC